AUGUCGAGAAGUUUUAGUGGCAUUGUAAGAAUCACUAAUGCUAGUGAUUAUAUCGCCCCAUCACAGGCGUGUAUCCUACCACUAAGAAAUGAGGCAUCAGAGGAAAAGAAUCCCUCGCAAGUUAUAUUGCACAGAAAGGAUGCGGUAUUGGGAAGUCAGGAUCUUAAGAAAAGAGUGACAGUUUCGCUAAACGAUUGUUUGGCUUGUAAUGGAUGUGUAACGAGUGCAGAAUCUAUUUUAAUCCAGGAACAGUCAUUACCGAAGUUCCUAGAAGGGCUUUCUUCCAAUGAUGUUAGUGUAGUGACUAUAUCUCCUCAAUCACUCUGCUCAAUUGCUGUAAAAUAUGGGCUUCAAGUAUCUCAGACUGCAGUGAUUCUAGCUAGGAAAUUAAUGAAACUUGGCGCAACAUAUAUUGUUGACUCGAGUUAUGCCCGUUAUCUGUCGCUGUCUUACAUAUAUGAAGAAUUCAAGAAAAAGAACUGUGCUGAUAUAUUAAUAACGUCAGUCUGCCCUGGCUUUGUAUGUUAUGCAGAAAAAGUUCAUCCAGAACUUUUGUUACCUUAUUUGAGUCGCGUGCGUUCACCGCAAGCCAUUAUGGGUUCCCUGGUGAAAGAUUUUCUAGCAAGGAAGCACAGUAUGCCUCCAGCCAAAAUUUUUCAUGCGACUGUGAUGCCUUGUUUUGAUAAAAAGCUGGAAGCUUCCAGGAAUGAAUUUAACAUCGGAUUUCAUCAAGUAGAUUGCGUUGUUAGCACCGCUGAAAUAAGUUCGUUGUUGGAAGAAGGGGAGGAUAUAAGCUAUUCAGAAGAAACUGUCGAAAAAGUCCCCAUCAACUGGUUAAAUUCAUUACAAAAGGGCAUGGUAAUUGGCAUGCCUAGUGAGCAUUCUGGUGGAUACGCCUUUUAUGUGGUUCAUCGGUUUUUAAGAGAGAACCUUUUGGACUCUGAAACCAGUAACCAACCAAGAACAGAUUUCUCAACCAAUGUCGUUAAAAAUGACAAAGUUCUGAUCACGGCGGCGAAAUGCUACGGUUUUCGCAAUAUUCAGAACCUAGUUCAAAAACUGAAGCGUGGGAAAUGCACGUACAAUUUCGUUGAAGUUAUGGCAUGCCCAUCUGGUUGCGUAAACGGUGGCGGUCAAAUAAGAGCUCAGACUGUCGAAGCUAGGUCAUCCGUUUUGGAAGCUGUGAUAAAAGAAUACGAUAGUCUUCAAAAUAUUCCUGAACUGGAGAACGCUAUUGAAAAGCUAACAAGUGAAUGGAUGGAGCUGAAUGUUCAUUGGAAGGACUGGCUCUUCACUGAGUUUCACGCUGUUGACAAAGACGUAAGCUUACAGACUAUGAAAUGGUAG